AUGCGCCGAAGAAUCACCUUCGUCCAACGACCCACUGCCCCUUUCGAACUCGACCAAGCCAUCCUGACUUCCGACUACCUCUCCAUUCGCGACGUGGAUGGUGUCCGCGAGGAACGCGCAACAUUCAGCUUCGAUGAGCUGCCUGACGAUGAUUCGUUCAUAACUCCUCCGAUCCUCUCGACGCGGUUUGCUUCCACCGCAGCGUUUCAGUACUAUACUCGGCUACCGUCGCUGGAUAAGUUCAUCACUUAUAUCCAGAAAAAGAUCUGUUCGGGCUCCGAUGAGACGUGUCUUGCUCAGGCCGCGUCAAUUGCCGCCGCGGACUCGGUCGAUAUCAACUUUGAUGGUAUCUCGCAUGCUCUCACAAUUACCGGGUUCUGGUCGCGGUCUCCCGCUGGAGGAUGGACAGAGAAGAUCUGGAAACCUGUUAAAGGGGUGAUGGAUCAGGUCGAGGUUGGACUUCUGGGUGCCGAGAAGGCUGUGGAGCCCGAGGAGAUCAAAAUGGGCGGGUUAUUGGGUGUUGUUGGGACAGAUGAUAAAUUAAAACCCACUCUGUUUUCCUUCCCGUCUCGUCAUCAUCCUCUUCCAGACGAUGCCACUUACUCGGUCUCUUUUCCGCCUCCCACCGGGCUGCAUCCCGCAAUGACCAUCUCGAUUCCUCGGACUUCCCUUGAGCCUCCACCGGCCCCGCUGGACGCGACUUGCGCGCUCCAUACCUAUCUGACUCUGCCAUCGACGAUAUUCGGCGACAAAUACCAACUCGAUACGACAGACCCGUUGUUCCUGGACUCCCAUCAUCUGAAGGCGCUCCGGGCGGUGGCCGGGGAAACGGAUCUUGAAGCCCCGGAUUGGUUCGUAUCUCACUGGGGCUCGAACUGGCUGCUCGAGCUGGCCAUCCCGGACACUGGGGAUCGUAACACAGAUGAUUGGAAUGUCACAAUUCCGCUGCACUUGCGGUACUUGCGGCCAUCCGAAUCCGGGUAUCGGUCUGCUUCCAUCCCGUGGCCAGUAGUCUUCUGGGCCUGUACGGCUGAAGAAGGCACUAAGAUGGGCAGGAACCCAUUUGACCGGGUAAACUUGGGAUGGGAGGGGCUGUUUGGCCCCCGUACCAUGUUCUAUCAGCUCCAUCCCAGUCACAAAGACGGACCUUCUUCGCGCCGACUGGUAGAAGACUUGGAGAUACCCGUCCUCCGACUGAAGGAGGGCAGUGGAAUCUUCCAGAGCAAGUCCAUUGAGCUGGGCACUGUCGUCGUAAUUGUCCUGGGGUUGCUGUGGGUGCUAUGGAAGCUGGGUGUAGUGGCACGUUCUUCCGGGACCGGGUCCCAAGUGCGAAGGCAUAGUGACAAGCAGAAGAAGUCCCAAUGA